AUGCCAGGCAAAUUGCACUUAGAUGUUGAUGAGUCACAAACCCCUGUUGUCAUGCCGCCUCGCAGAGUACCAAUCGCUCUUAAAGCAAAACUCAAGGCUGAAUUGGAAAGACUGGAAAAUCUUCAUUUCAUUCAGAAAGUUACAAGUCCAACAGAUUGGGUAUCAAAUCUCGUCAUUGCAGAAAAACCAAAUGGAAAACUGAGGGUGUGCAUCGAUCCACAACACCUCAACAAAGCAUUGAAAAGAAGUCAUUAUCCUUUACCGCUCAUUGAGGAUGUGCUACCAGAGUUAGAAGGUGUCAAGGUAUUCAGCAAAAUCGACCUGAAGGAAGGGUACCUUCAAAUAGAGCUCGAUGAAGAAUCAAGCAUGCUCACAGCGUUCCAGAAACCAUGGGGGCGUUGGAGGUACCUCAGGAUGCGAUUUGGAAUUAAACCAGCUUCAGAACAUUUUCAACACAAAUUUGAUCAGUGCAUUGAAGGCCUAUCUGGAGUGUAUGCAGUCGCUGACGAUGCUCUUGUUACCGGAAGAGGAGAAACUUACAAAGAAGCUGUCAAAAAUCAUGACAUGCUGGCACUUUUGAAACGUUGUCAACAAAAAAACAUCAAGCUGAACAAGGACAAAUUCAAGUUCAAGUGCGAUGAAGUUUCCUUCAUUGGUCAUACCCUAACACAGAAUGGUCUUAAAAUAGACCCCGCAAAAGUUGAAGCCAUCACAAAGAUGAGCAAGCCGAAAGAUGUCGCUGGUGUACAAAGAUUCAUUGGCAUGGUAAAAUACCUGGCCAAGUUUCUUCCCAGACUAUCUGAAGUAUGCGAACCUCUGAGAAAUUUGACCCACAAAGAUGCACCAUGGGUAUGGGGAAACGAUCAUGACAAGUCUUUUGCUGACAUACAAAAAGCAAUUUGUGAGGCACCAGUUCUAAAGUAUUUUGACCAUAAGGCAGCAACAGAAGGCCAGGCUGAUGCAUCAUCAAAGGGGCUUGGUUUCGUGCUCAUGCAAGAGGGACGUCCCGUGUCAUAUGCAAGCAGAGCCCUCACCCCUGCAGAGCAAAAUUACAGCCAAAUAGAGAAGGAGCUGCUUGCACAAGUAUUUGGAGUGGAACAUCACCAUACCUAUGUCUAUGGCAGAGAGAUUACACUUUGGACGGAUCACAAACCACUUGUCUCAAUCGUCAGCAAACCACUCGCCUCUGCUCCAAAGAGACUGCAAAGGUUGCUACUAAGAUUGCAAUCAUACGAUGUUAAAAUCUGCUAUAAACCUGGCAAAGAAAUUGUUCUAGCAGACACACUCUCUCGUGCAUACCUGCCGACAAGUGAGAGACAAAAGUUCGCAACUGAAGAAGAAGUCGAAACUAUCCACAUGUCAAAUUAUCUCCCCAUCUCCGAGCCACAGCUGAAGGAAAUACAGCGAGAAACCAAAUGUGACAGCACUUUACAAGCACUGAAAGAAAUAAUUUUGAAUGGGUGGCCAGAAAGAAAAGAUACCCUUCCUCGAUGUAUUCAUCCAUACUUCUCAAUUAGAGACGAGCUAGCAACACAGGAUGACGUAAUAUUCAAGGGUCAGAGAGCAGUUGUUCCAGAAACACUGCGCAAAAAGAUCCGGAAUAAACUGCAUGUAACACACACAGGAAUACAGAGCUGCCUCAGAAGAGCCAGAGAAGCAGUUUACUGGCCUGGCAUGAACAAAGAUCUUAUCGACUUCAUCUCGAAAUGUGAAAUCUGUAACACAUCCCAAAACAACCAGACCAGAGAGCCCCUUAUUCCUCGUGAAAUCCCAAGCCGCCCCUGGCAAAUAAUUGCUGCUGACAUUUUCACAGUCAACAACAAAGACUUCCUCUGUACUGUGGAUUGCUACUCCAACUACUUUGAGAUAGAUCGUCUAUUUUACAAAACUGCUAGGGAAAUUAAGAAGAAGCUCAAGCGACACUUCUCUACUCAUGGCAUACCAGAUACGCUCAUGAGUGACAACGUACCUUUCUCCUCUAAAGAAUUUCAGGAUUUUGCCAAGGAAUAUGAAUUUACCACCGAGCUAAGCUCGCCAGAGUACGCACAGAGUAAUGGCAAAGCAGAAAAUGCCGUCAAAACUGAAAAGAUGCUAAUGAAAAAAGCGACUGAAUCUGGCAAUGACUUCUAUCUCGUGCUACUAGAAUGGCGAAACACGCCGUCUGAGGGGAUGGAAAGCUCUCCUUCCCAGCGUAUGUUUAGCAGACGAGCUAAAACACUGCUUCCCAUGUCGAAGAAGCUCCUUAAACCAAAGGUUGUCACUGGUGUCCAAGAAAAACUUCGAAAGAGGAAAGAGAUACAAUCAAAGUAUUAUAACAGAGGCACAAGGGAGCUAAGUGCAUUAAAGAAAGAUGAUGUAUUCCGGAUAAAGCCAAGAAAUUCCGACAGAACAGGCCGCUGGACCAAAGGAUGUGUCAUAGAGCAAGUUGGUGUAAGAUCUUAUAAUGUAAAAACCGAAGAUGGAAGAAUCUUCAGACGAAAUCGAAAGUUUCUACGUCAAACCAAAGAGCCUUUCUUUGCAGAUGAAGAAGAUUCAAUCAUUUUCCCCAGAAAGGAACGAGAAGCAGUGGCUCAACCUUAUGAAGAUCACCAAUCUGAAAUGGAGCAAUUUGAUCCGCAAGAGGCACCUCACUCACGACCUGAUGCUACUGAAGAAAAGACAGCAGCCGCCAGACCUGCUGAGACCAGAUUUGAUCAUAGGCAAUUGAACUUUUACCAGCCAGUAACGACAAGGAGUGGCAGGAAAGUAAUUCAGCCGGACUACCUCACUGGCCACAACUUCUGA